CUUCUUUCCCUUUCUAUACACUCAACCUUUUAGUAUCUUCUAUUGAUAUAUACUAGCUACAAUUAUGAAAACCACUCUUAUCUCGUCUCUGAUUAUUGCUUUGGCUAGUGUAUUUGCCACUGCUAGCAUCUGCAGCGACAAAUGCAAUGCGCAAUGUGGAAGUGUUGGGGGGUUCUCAGGCAGCUGUGAUCCUGCUGGCAAUCUUGUAUCAUGCACAUGUAACCCUGGCAACCCACCUAAAUGAGAAAGGUAUAAGCCUUCUGGUUGUGGUGUGACACCCUAGCGCUUUAGAAACUCACACGCUGCAAAAGCCUUUCAAAAGGUAUUAGGUAGUCUCCAUCCGUAAAGGGCCCUAGGCCCCUUAGGGUGUGGUCGGCCGCUGCUCAUGAGGAGUGAUUAGUGGCCAAGGGGUAUUUCUGGCGUGCAUAACCCCUCUGGAAGGGUAUCUGAGCCCAGAUGCUUGCUGCAGCUAGAAAGUUAGAUUUAUACAAUAUAUCU